GUGAAACCCAAGUCCAAGUCCGCACGUUCACUAUCUUCAGCUUUACCUAUGACAACAACCUCAAGAGCCGAAAAAGGGAAAACAGAAGAUUAUCUAAUUCCUCUUAUUUGUGUCACCUCAGCCAAUGGACCAAUGGUCCUGUCCUUCUCCCCGUCUGACGGCGUGUUGGACAUGGCUGCAGUUAGGAUCGAAGGGCAACCCUCUGACUUGGAUAUUCUGGGCCAUGCUCGCAAGAUCCUGCAAGGGGUCUGUUAUGCAAGGGUACUGCCAGAACCUAAGGAUGAGAAGGCUGCGCUGGCCGCUGAGCUAGCAGCCAUGACAGACCCGAUGGAACGAAGAGAGAGGGAAGACGAGCAAAAAUUAGCAUGGAAGCUGAAAAUGAAGAGGGAGAAUAAGAGGAGGAGAGAGGAAGUGAAUAAGAUGACCGCAGCAGUGGCAAAGGUGCAGGAGUGUAGAGCGGAGGUGCUGGCCCAGCCAGAUGAUAAGGCCAAGAGGGACAAAGUACUGGGCUAUCUAGAGGUGUUGAGCAAGGCCUGGAUGGAGGAGCGCCAAGCAAGCUGGAGCCAGGAUGUAGCGUUGAGUGCCAUGCGGUCCGGGUUCAGGGAUUUUGUGCGCGAAAUCGUCACCCACAUUGGGGGCGAAGUCAAACAGUUGAGGGACAACGUAGGGAAGUUUCGUGAGGGCGCCAUUCAAGGUGCCAAAGCUGCAGCCGCUGUAGAAGGAGAGGGCAGACCCCGUAAGGACCCAGUGAAACUUAAGUUCCCAGACGCGUACGGGGGAAAGAAGGACGAGAACUUUGACAACUGGGAGGCCAGUGUCAAUAGUUACAUUUACUUACAGCAUAUCUUGAUAGAGGAGCAAGUCCUCGUGGCCUUCCAGGCCCUGAAGGACGAAGCGGCUAGCUUCGCCAGGUCUCUCGCGUGUACAGCCGGUUGUGAAAACAACCUGGUUGCAUAUUCCAAAGUCACUCCUCUUUCCCAAUUCCUCAAGCUCCUCAAGGAGCGGUUCGCUGACCCAACGCGAGGCAUUAGAGCCUAUGAUAAGCUCCAAACGAUCCACUCCCGGCAGUGGAGGAGUGCCAAGGCACUCAAGGGUACCAUAGCCGUCCCGGACCACGGGGUCACUGAGCCCCAGUUGGUCCAAUUGUUUUAUCGUGCCAUUCCAGAGGCCCUACGCGGGCAUUUCUUUGACAAAUCUCAGCAGGCCGGCAUGACUUACGAUGCAUUGAGUAGAGAAGUUGUCCUGUAUGAGUCGAAGUCUAUGCCAGUUACCACUUUCUGGCACAAGGACCUGGAGAAGGGGAAGAAGUGGAAAGAUCGUACCAUCUCGGGCCAAGUCAAGCCCAAGGAUCACUUGAUCCUGACAUUAGAGGAGGGUGGUACAGAAGAGGUCCCAUAUGAUCAGAUUGAGUGGGGCCUAGGGGAGGAGUACAGUAGUGUAGGGCAGGGGAGGUCUUACGUUGUGAGAUGGUGCACAAGCUCGUUGUCACCGGUGCCAAGGUGCUUAAGCGACAAAAAGACGCAGUACCUCCUCAAGAACUAUAGACAGUUGCAUGGCAUUGCGGAAGGGGGGACGACUACGAUGGAGACUCAGGACGCGGACUCCGAGCCGGUCAUUUGCGGGUACGAGGAGACGCAACCACCAACCGCUGCGGGGAUGGCACCACCGAAAACAGCUUCCCGAACAGAGUCGGUCGCCGCUGCAGAGGAGGGGCCAGCGGAGGGUUCAGGGUCGAACACGAGGGUGGCAUCACUGCAGCAAACAUCAAUGAAGAGAUGGCUGGACAACGAUGCACAAAAGAAGCUGGAUAUUGUGUGGGCGGAGGCGAUGUUCCGUGCUGGCAUUGCGUUUAACUUCCUAAAAUUCGACACGACGCAGAAGCUUCACGAAGUUUACUUGGAAGUGGCGAGUGCUCGACCGAAGGUCAAGCUGCCCUCGUACAACCAUAUGAGGACGGUGAUGCUCAACUUCAUGUACUUGCGAAUUCAAAAGCAAGUGCAUCCUCUGACAACCUGUUGGGAUGAAUCAGGCUGUACAUUCAUCACGGACGGGUCAUCCGACCGUCGAGAGCGCCCCGUCAUGAACUUCUUGGCAGCGGGGGAGAAGGGUGCAGUUCAGGUGGCCACGGUGUCAAUGACGGCAAGGAAGAAAACAGCGCAGGCAUUGGCAAAGUUGUGGGAGCAGAUCAUGAGGGAGAUAGGGGUGCAUCGCAUCAACGCGAUCUGCACUGACAAUGCCGAAGUGAACAAGAAGGCUGCUCAGCUUUUGGAGCGCCGCACUGACAAGGACAUUUGCACGGAUUCCAUGGCGCGGUGGACGCGGAUCCGUUGGUCCACUACGAAGUUGAAGUCGAAAGCGGACCUGGUUUACUUCACCAUGAGGAGAGAUGGAUGGUGGACGGAGUUGAAGAAGGUGGUGGAUGUCAUGGAACCGUUGUACAACCUUCUCAGGAGGAUGGACCGGGAUGGAACAUCGCCGACAAACAUUGUCAAAUACGACGACAUGAUUGAGAGGAAACUGGCUCACGUCGUUCUCACUAAGGAGCAGCGGGCGAGCGUCAUGGACAAAGUGAGAGAUCGGGUGAAGAUGAUGCGGCAACCAGUACAUGCACUGGCGUUUCUUCUGGACCCGCGCAGGAGAAAUCCACGGUGGUUGUAUGAUCGGGACAGUGCAAUUGUGCAGAACGCGAUGCAUUACCUGCAGAGACAGGUUGGAGGUCCUUGGACAGGGCCAUACCACCUUGAGGUUUUGGGUGACCUGCAUGAGUUUCACAAGGAGCCCACGCCGAACGGGCCCAAGAGAAAGGACAAGAAGAUGUGGAAGCCCGAUGCGAAGGUCGAUUGUGAGAAGCUCACACCGUCAGAGUGGUGGGCGACUUAUGGUGGCGAUGUCCCCGACUUGCAGGCCAUUGCCAUCAAAGUGAUGGGCAUGUGGAGUACAACAACCCCGGCUGAGAGGAAUUGGUCGUCCAUGGACUUCGUGCAUUCGAAAAGGAGGAACAACUUGAAGCCCGAAACAUUGGAGAAGCUGGUGUACAUCCAUUGGAACAUGCAAUUGUUGCGUGCUGCCAACAACAGCAGUGCCAACGGCGAGGGCUACGUUGAUUUGUGGAGUUCGUUCUUCGAGGCUAUUCAGGAGCCAGAUGAGAACGAUGGAUCUGUCUUGAGGGGCCCUGAGGAUGAAACUGAGAAGACGGAUGAGGAGCUGGUGCGGCAGAGUAGCUUCGUGAAGACACCGAAGGGAAGGAUUCCAAAGAAGCUCGAGGACGAAGAGGAUGAGUGCACCGACGACAGUGACUUGGAGGAUGAGUUGUGGAAGGGGAAGUCUGGAUUGUCGGAUGAGGCGAGCGGCGCGGAGGAGGAGGAGGAUGAAAGUGAUUCCGAUUUUGACCUGGGAGCCCAGCCAUCGGUCCAGGGCACUACUUAUGUUGGUAGGAGAGAACCUGCAGAGCGUCGGAAGGAGAAGCAGCCCGCGGUCUCUACACACGCCCGGGUGGAAAGCUCCUCCCAUUACCAUCCUCAGUCCGAUGUCGAGUUCGAUCACAUGGACACCGACGUCGAGUUGCUGCUGCAAAGUGGUCCGGUUGAUGAAGACGAGGCGGAGGCCGACCUCCCAACCCGGAGGGAGAUGGAGAGACGCAAGAAGAAGGUUGGGGAGAAGGAACCGGAGACACGUCGGGCAUUGGACACUGUGCAAGAGGGAGAUGAGGAAGUGCAACCGCAAAGUGGACCAGUUUUGAAGGUGGCGGACCAGCAAGAGGCGGAGCACCGCAAAGAGGCGGACCAGCAAAAGGCGGAGCACCGCAAAGAGGCGGAGGAGAAGGACCAGCAAGAGGACAACGACGACAUGGACCACCUACAAGAGAAGGAGAAGGAGCACGGAAAGGAGGACGAGGAGAUGGAGCAUGAAGAGGACGAGGAGAUGGAGCAUGAAGAGGACAAGGCGGGGAUGGAAAGUCAAGGAGUGGAGAAGGCCAUGGAACAGCAAGAAGACGCGGAGGGCAUGGAUCAACAGGACACACAGCACAACGCGGAUGACGAGGACGGUGAAGAGGAGCACCAGCCUGCAGUGAAGGCUGUGUACAAGCGUAGGCAACGACCGGUUGUGUCCGAACAGUUUGUCGAAAACGCACCCGACUUCCCUCUGAGCAAUGAGGCUGUCCAACAUGACAACCUGUGGGUGAGCAGGGGGGGGAGGAAGAGGAAGGAACCGGUGGAAGAUGCUGCUGUGAAGCCUAAGCGUGCUCGUGGCAGGCCCCGCAAGCUGAAGACCGCCGAGCCCGGUGAAAAAAUAAAAUAAAAAAAAUCGCCAGAGCAAGGCUCGCGCGGAGGUUGUCGAGGAUGACCCCGAUUCAGAUAACUGCAGUGAACGGUCAUCUGAAUUC